GAUGCACGUGAUCCAAGCGGGCGAGAGCUGCCCCUCCCUUCCGGCCGACCAAUAUGGCGGCUAAGCGAGGCGCCCUCAUUGUGCUGGAAGGGGUGGACAAAGCGGGCAAGACCACCCAGUGCAAGAAACUGGUGGAGGCGCUGCAGCAGAGCGGACACCCGGCGGAGAUGAUGAGGUUUCCCGACAGAAGCACGACAAUCGGAAAGCUGAUCAGCGCUUACCUGGAGAAGAAGAGCGAGCUGGAGGACCACACGGUGCACCUCCUCUUCUCCGCCAACCGCUGGGAAUUGGUGCCUGAGAUGAAGAGAAAGCUGGAACGAGGCACCACGCUCGUGGUGGACCGAUACGCUUUCUCCGGGGCUGCCUUCACCAGCGCAAAACCGGGUUUCAGUCUGGACUGGUGCACCAGGCCGGACGUGGGUCUGCCCAAGCCGGACAUGGUCCUGUUCCUGCGCUUGAGCGCGGCCGAGGCGGCUUCGCGAGGUCGCUACGGCGAGGAGCGCUACGAGGACGUCGCCUUCCAGGGCGCCGUGCUCGAGCGCUUCUUGCAGCUCAUGGACGACCCGUCCGUCAACUGGAAGGUGAGAACGCCGUCAGGCCGGCCUCGCUCUCUCGGCGCUCGGUCGUCUCCUUUCCUCACGUGGCCUCGCCGUUCCGCGCAGGUGGUGGACGCGUCCGGCGGCGUGGACGACGUUCACGGCGACAUCGUCCAGAAAAGCCUGGACGCCGUCCGCGCGGCGCAGACGCAACCUCUCGGAGAACUCUGGAAGUGAACUACUGCUCACUUCGCUUUCUUUAAUAAAAAAAUUUCAAAAUUUGUCAUUUCAAA